AUGGCUCACCUUUCUGAUGAAACGGCCGGGUCCUUUACUGAUGAGGUAGAGAGUUCUGGUUCUCUCAGCCCCUCUGGAGGACAGCAGCCCUGGCCCAGCCCCUCUGGGACAGAAUCGGAUGAUGGAAAAGUGGCUGCAAGCUUGCAAGAAGAAACCAAGCAAUCCGAGCUUUCUGACUUCAAAAAUAACGAAAAGAAGUUGACUCAAAAAUGGAUCAACUAUCUCAAGGACAAAAAAACUAACUAUGAACAAAACCAACCGGAGACUAAACUUCAAACAGAAAUCAAUGGGCUGUCCGAUGAAGAAUUGAAUGCCCUGCAGUCUUUUUGCACCACUAAGAUAAACUUGAUCCAUCAAAGAGUGGACUCUAAAAAGAAGAGCAACAGACACAAAAAGCUGCAGUUUAGAUGCGAUCCAGAGCCUUCAGAAAUCAAUGCCUUAACAUGUACUGUUCCUGAUGAACUUUUAAACAGAAUCUAUUUUGAAAACGUGAGAACAACACUAAAACAGGUGGCAUCAGCAAAGCAACACAUUACUUCACAGUGUCCCAACUGUAUUAGGAAAAAAGCAGAGCUGGCUCAGUCUGCCUUCCUAAAGCAAAAGAAGACUUUACUGGAGUCAGUUCUCCUCCAAGAGAAAGUAGAUGAACAUCUUCAUACCACAGACUUUCUCACCCAUGUUGGAGAAGCACAUAAGGGUCUUCCCAGGCUUUCAGAUGACCCUAAAAUAAUCUGGAAAAGACUGAAAGAGAAAACUCAGACUGGAUUCUCCUGUUUUGAAAGGUCAGAUACCAAGCAGAAGAUGUAG